AUGACGCGCACACGACACGGCAAAAAGACGCACCACGCACGACGCGAUGUCAAGCGUGGCAUGAGGACAAGAGCCAGAAAGCUCGACCCGGACCAAAUCCAGGCCCACCUAAAUGACCCCAAGAAGCUCGAUGCGCUGCAGAAUCCCAAGGAGCUCGACGUCGACAAGGCCGGUCUCGGUCUGUUCUACUGCGUCGAGUGCGAUCGACACUUCCCCUCGCAAAAGGACCAGCUCACCCACAUUGCUUCCAAGCUGCACAAGCGGACAGCCAAGAAGAUCACCGAGGAGCAAGCCUAUACUAUCGAGGAGAGCUUGAGGGCUGUGGGCAUCGGCAUCGACAACAAGCAGCGUUCGUCCAAGCCUGCCGAGCCCACCAAGGAGAUGGCUGCCUGA